AUGGACGACCAGACGGCGUCGCUGAUCUACGCUCCACAUCUCCAGAGCAAUCUAUCUACAAUAUUCACCAUCAAAUUCCUCACUGCCGUGUUUUCUGGCGCGACAGCAGGCGUCCUCGGUCUCACAAACUUGGCUGGCUUUCUACUCUUUGCCGUCAGCACCCUUGUAUCUGCAGCUCUGGUUGUAUUUCUCAAGUGUGGGGGCAAGCCAAGUCUGUAUAUUGGCGAUGGCAAGACGCUCAGCACGCGCGGAGCGGUGAUGCAGCUGCUACUGCCAGGUGUAGACAACUUCUUUGGGUUUAUUCUGACAUGGACACUCUUAUAUGGAAUCAUCCACGUCUACGACUGA